CAAGCCCAUACUUGAUAUAAAAAGAAGCACUGAUGUAAGACCGAGAUCUGCUCUAUGACUUACAAGAUGAAGACCUUCCAGGUUCUGUUUCUCUUGGCUGCAGGCCUCUCUGUCGCCCACUCAUUGGACUACAGGGCCCUGAACCAGUUCAGGAAGAUGAUCCUGUGUGUGAUGCCAGAUAGCUCUCCAAUUUUUGACUACGCUGACUACGGCUGCUACUGUGGAUUGGGAGGCUCCGGCACACCUGUGGAUGAUCUGGAUAGCUGCUGCAAAGUGCACGAUCAGUGUUACACUGACGCAAUGCAACAUCCUGAUUGCUGGGCCUUGGUCGACAACCCGUACUCUGAGUUCUACAGCUACAGCUGCGAUGAGCAAAACAGGAAGGUCUCCUGUGGCAGCAACAACAACACAUGUGAGAUGUUCAUCUGCGAGUGCGACAGGAAGGCCGCCGAGUGUUUUGGUGUAUCGCCUUGGAUCCCUGAGCACGAGCACCUGCCCAGCGACCGCUGUCAUUGAUCAGAAAAAGUGAUCCAUUCAUUGGCUUGAUGAUUUCCUACUAGAAAUAUUCACCUUACACACUCUCACGUGAAGUAUAUGGUGACCUAUAACCAUCCAUUUAUCCCAGCCAGUGCUGAUUCAUGUAAUUGUGAAGUAAACCUCAUAAUAAAGACACAUUAAUCUGGAA